AUGGUCCAGCGAACCCCCAAGGCCAACAAGGCCAAGGGAGCACCCUCAUCACCAUCGCCAUCAUCACCAGCGGGCGGCGGCGGCGGCGGCGGCGGCGGCGGCGGUGCACGCAACACUUCAUCGUCCGAACACAGGGCUAUCCGGCAACAAUGGGAAAAGGCCAAGCGAGCAAAGGAGGCGGCCGAGGCAAAGGAGGCGGCCGAGGCAAAGGAGGCGGCCGACGUGGAGAGACAGAUGGCCCUCGCAGCCGAGAGCCACAAGAUGGACGUGAUUGAGCAGCAGCAGGCACGCAUCGACGGGGCUCGGCGCAAGUCGUACGAGCGUCGCUGGCGGUGGACCCUCGGCUUUUGGGGAUGGGUGCUGGCCAUGCAUGCACUGGCCAUAUACCUCUUCACCAGCGGCUUCCUACUGACGCGCCUGGUGCUGGACGAGAGGUCGACGUGCGACGUGCCGCCCGUCGAGGCGUCGACGGCGCCCCUCGACGUCGCCCGCGGCUGCUGGCAUCCCAAGAAAUUCGACAGGGCCGUCGUCCUCGUCAUCGAUGCCCUCCGCUACGACUUCACCGUGCCCCAUGGCGAAGGGAAGAGCGCCGCCGCCCCUGCCGCCCCCGCCGCCCCCGCCGCCGCAUACCACAACGCCAUGCCCUUCCUGUACGAGUCGUCGGUCCAGUCGCCCCGCAACGCCUUCCUACGCCCCUUCAUCGCGGACCCGCCGACCACGACGCUGCAGCGCCUCAAGGGCCUCACGACGGGAACGCUGCCCACCUUCAUCGACGCCGGGAGCAACUUUGCCGGCACCGCCAUCGACGAGGACAACCUGCUCGUGCAGAUGCGCGAUGCCGGCAAGAAGAUUGCCCACGUCGGUGACGACACCUGGUGGGCCCUGUUCCCGGACUACUUCGAGCCCAACAUCAGCAAGCCCUUUGACAGCUUCAACGUGUGGGACCUGCACACGGUCGACAACGGCGUCAUCGACAACAUGCUCCCCCUCGUCGAGGCCUCUUCCUCCAAGACGACCGGCGGCGACAGCAACAAGUGGGACGUGCUCAUCGGCCACUGUCUGGGCGUCGACCAUGCGGGUCACCGCUAUGGGCCCGACCACGCCGCCAUGACGGCCAAGCUCGCCCAGAUGGACGACGUGGUGCGCCGUCUGGCCGCCUCCAUAGGCGACGACACGCUUCUCGUCGUCAUGGGCGACCACGGCAUGGAUAGCAAGGGCGACCACGGCGGCGAGAGCGACGACGAGGUCGAGGCUGCGCUGUGGAUGUACUCAAAGCGCCCGGUCUUCGGCCGCACUAGCCCCGAGCUGGCCGUCCCGCCCGCCACGGCAAAGGACCACCGCGUCAACCAGAUCGACCUCGUUCCCACCCUCGCCCUCCUCUUAGGAAUCCCCAUCCCGUACAACAACCUGGGCCGCCCCAUCGAGGAGGCCUUCAUCGGCCCCCGUGGCAACGACUGGGCCAACCUGCACGCCGUGUCGCGUAUGGCCGCCGCCGGCGUGGAGCGGUACCAGGCCUCGUACUUCAAAGCCCGCGGAAUCUCGCCCAGCUCUGGCGCCGGCUCGCCCGCCGAGCUGUGGUCCACGGCCCAGGAGACGUCGGCCAGCAGGAUGGCCUCGGACCGCGACUCGUACGACGCCUUCAUCGCCUUCCAGCGGGGCACCCUCGCCGUGUGCAAGGACCUGUGGGCGCGCUUCGACGUGCCACGUAUGGUGGCCGGCGUGGCCCUCGCCGUCGUCGGCCUCGUAGUCAUGGUCAUGUACGCCUCCAAGGAUCCAGACGAGGACUACAUCGUCAACAACGACGAGGAGCUCGAGCACGCAGAGAAGCAGCUGGAGCUGAUGGGUCUCAAAGCCAGCAGCAGCGACGGCGACAAAGAAGGCGAGGCCGGCCAAUCUACAGCGGCCGACGACGUGUCCGAGCUUGUCGACCACAAGGAGCUCCUGCGCGGGGUGUGGGACCUGCGCGUCCUGUCGGUCGUGGUGCUCGCGUCGGCGGUGGCGUACGUGCGCAGGGGCUCGGUGGCCGAGGCGGCCGCGUCGGCGCUGACGCUGACGCUCCUGGUCGUGGUGGCGGUGUCGACGACGCACAUGGCGGCGACGCUGCACCGGGCCGGCAAGACGCUGCUCAACACGCUGCCCACGACGCACUGGGGCUGGAUGGCCGUCGUCUUCACCGUCAGCCAGUCGGCCGGGUUCGCGUCCAACUCGUACACGGUCUGGGAGGACUCGAUCCUGCUCUUCUUCAUCACGACGUUUGGCGUGGCCGGCGUCGUGGCCGCCAUGCGCAUCGAGUCGCGCGUCGACCGCACCCUGGCCGCCUACCACUCCCUGGCCUUCAUGGUGCUCUCGCGCGUGGCGUCGCUGUCCAGGCUCUGCCGUGAGGAGCAGAUGCCCUACUGCACGUCUACGUACUACGCGUCUGCGACGUCGUCGACGUCGUCGGCCUGGCAGCUGGGUAUCCCGCUGGUCGUGGCGGCCGUGCUCCCCGCCGUGGUGCGCUCGUUCCUCGAGCCCACGCGCUCGUGGGAAGGCCUCUCGCCAGUCUGGGUGCGGUACGUCUUCCGGGCCGGCCUGGCGCUCGCCUCGCUGCACUGGGUCGUCGACGCAGCCGACAACGGCGGCUGGCUCUCCCGCUGGCCGGUCAUCACCCCGCUGGUCAAGCCGGUGGGCAUGUACGUUGCGCAGACGGGGCUGGCGCUGUCUGUCGUGGCCGGCGCCACGGGCUUCAUCUGGGCCCCACCCAGCGUGGGCGUAGUGUCGACGGUCGCCGAUGCCGGUCAGGGCCAGGGUCGGGGCCAGGGGAAGGGCGCGUCCCCGGCCCCAGCCCGCGUCACGAUCCUGGGCUACGGCAACGCCCAUGGCGCGCGGUACCUGAUGCUGGUGCUCAACGUGGUGGCGGCCCUGGCCGUGCUCACCAAGCCGGUGGGGACGGGGUCACUGGCCCUGAUGCUGUGGCAGGUCCUCUCCCUGGCCGAGAUGGUCGACCUGCUCGGCCUCAAGGGUGAGGCCGUGGGCCCCGUGGUGCUCGCCAUGCUCGGCAACUUCUACUACUUCCGCACCGGCCACCAGGCCACCCUGGCCAGCAUCCAGUGGGACAGCGCCUUCGUGGCCCUCCGCACGGUCCAGUACCCGUGGAGCCCGCUGGCCGUCGUGCUCAACACCUUUGGCCCGCAGAUCCUGGCCGCCGCUGCCGUGCCCCUCGUCUCGGCAGCCUGGAAGGUCGGCCCCAAGCAGAAGGGCGUGCUCGAGGCCGCCUCGCGCUCCCUCGCCCUCUUCGUCGCCUACUACGCCGUCGAGGCCACCGCCACCAUGGCCUGGUCCGGCCACCUCCGCAGACACCUCAUGCUGUACCGCGUCUUCAGCCCGCGCUUCAUGAUGGCCGCAGCCCUGCUGCUCGUCGUCGACGUUCUGGGCGUAGGUAUCGCUCUGGUCGGUGUCAGGAGCAACACCCUUUCUGUCGCCGAAGUCUUUGGCUUUGCCGACUAG